AUGCGCGAGUACAAGAUUGUAGUGUUAGGUAGUGGUGGAGUAGGAAAAUCAGCAUUGACUGUUCAAUUUGUUCAAGGAAUUUUCGUGGAGAAAUAUGACCCAACCAUUGAGGACAGUUAUAGAAAGGAACAAUUCACAGCGAUGCGAGAUCUUUACAUGAAAAAUGGUCAAGGAUUUGUUCUUGUUUACUCGAUAACAGCACAAUCAACCUUUAAUGACUUAAUGGAUCUACGCGAUCAAAUUCUUCGAGUUAAAGACACUGAUGAGGUUCCAAUGAUUUUGGUCGGUAAUAAAUGUGAUCUCGAAGAUGAACGUGUGGUGGGUAAGGACCAGGGACAAAAUCUAGCACGCCAGUUUGGCUCAGCUUUUCUGGAAACAUCAGCAAAAGCUAAAAUUAACGUUAGCGAGGUAUUCUACGACUUAAUUCGGCAGAUCAACCGUCGUUACCCCGAAAGUGGUAAGCGUCAAGGACAGGGAUCGAAAAAAUGCUGUAAAUGCACAUUGAUGUGA